AUGAGCAAUUGGCUGCGUAACAUACAAGGACAAUUGUCAGAUUUGGCAAACGAGGUGAUGAAUGAGGCAAAUGAGGUGUUGAAUGAAGCGAGGGAAGAGGUUCAAGAUCCAGACACAGAAAUCCACGUGGCAAAGCGGAAUGAGGCGGAAGCGGCGCGGAAAUUGGCGAUUGAGGUGGCGAAAUUGGAGAAAUUAGAGGCGGAAAAGAAAGAUCUUGAACAACAAUUGUAUGAUUCACACGUGGAAAUGGAUCAAAUUGGUGCCAAAUAUAAUUUGAUGAUAAAACAGCGUGACGAUGAAAUAAAACAGUUAAAAUGUGAAAUUCAACAAAUCCAGGAUUCCGGUUGGAAUACUUCAGAUUCCGGGCAGAUUGAGGAUCUUCAAAAAGAGAUUUUGCACUGGAAAUCGAUGGUCGGCAAUGGAAAUUCGGCGGAAGAAACAGUGUCAAAAUUGGAAUUUGAGCGGAAAAUUGAGGAGAUGCGGCAGAAGAAGGAGCAAGAGAUACAGAGUUUGAUUGAGACGCAUGCGGAUAAUGUGGCCGAGAUGAGGGAAAUGUAUGAGGAGAAGUUGCAGAGCUUACAGGUUGGGAUUUUGGGGGGGUUUGGGCUCUGGGGGUCUAAUAAUGCUAAUUUUAAGAGAAAUUAUGGCUCCAAGGCUCAUUUUGAGCUAAAAAUCUUGAAUUUUCAGCUGAUUUCAGCUCUGGAGACCAGAAAUAGCGGAUUUUGAGCAAAAUUGAGCUCCAGGAGUGAAAAUUUGAGAAUUUUCAGCUCUGGAGACCAGAAAUUUACGAAGGUUGAGCUAAUUUCAGCACUGGAGACCAAAGUUGUGCAAUUUUUAGCUAAAUUACCUCCUGAGCAUGAUUGUUAGCUGGAAAUCUGGAAUUUUCAGAUAUUUUCAGCCCAAAAAUUGUAUUUUUCAUGAAAUUUCAGUUCUGAAGACCAAAUAUUACCAAUUUCGAGUAAAAAUGAGCUCCAGGAGUCAAAAUUUACAAAUUUUCAGCUCCAAGGUUCAUAUUAAACUAAAUUUUGAGCUUCUAGAGAUUUUUGAAGCUGAAAAUUCAGAAAAACAUGAUUUUCAGCUCAAAAAAUCGAUUUUUUCAUGAAUUUCAGCUCUUAAAAUGAGCUAGAAGUGAAAUUAUCUGAAAAUUUUCCCGUUUCAGAUUCUGCAAUACAAUGCAUCAUCUUCAACUUCAAAUGCCGAUACUUUGGAUGCAGUUUUGCUCGAAAAAGAGGAACUUUUACAAUCGUCUGAAAAUUUGACUGAAAUCAAAGAAAAAUCGGAAAUCGCAGAGGAGAAUUCGAAUUUAAAAGAGCAAAAUAAUGAAUUGACACAAGCUUAUAAUGAUUUGAAUGAGGAAUUUGAAAGAUUCAAAAGGGAAAAUGCGGUGGUUGAAGUGAGAAAUGCGGAUUUGAAUAAUCGAAUUGGUAAGGCCGGUUUUGGGAGGGGUUUUGGGAUGAAAAUGAGAUAAAAAUUUGGGAUUUUUGGUGAAAUUUGAGCUAUAAAUCAUGUUUUUUCUCAAAAAUUUGAUAUUUUUGACCUAAAAUUAACCUGAAAAUGAAUUUUUCAAUGAAAAAUAUGAGUUGGCUCAAAAUUAUCUGAAAAUCUUCAAAAAUCCAAUUUUUCAGAUAGCCUAAAAGCGAAUUUGAUCGAAUACGAAGAAAGAUAUGAACUAUCAAAACGCGAAAAUAUGGAAACAGUUGGACAAUUGCAAAAAUUGUCGGAAGAUUUCGAGAAAUUGCGAAGUGGCAUUGCUAAUGUUAGUCAGAGACGAGAGAAUUGCGAUACGAUGGUUAAUGUGAGUUUUUUGGGUUGAAAAUGUUUAAAAUGGGGAUUUUUGACCAUUGAUUCAUGAAAAAUGACCCCUGUGGAACAUUUUUGACCUAAAAUUCGGAAAGUUUGAAGAAUUCUGACCCAAUUUCCGGAAUUUUUGGGUAAUUUUGAUUUUAGGGGACAUUUUCAGCCUGAAAUGCAGGAUUUUCAGCUCUAGGGACCAUUUUUGAGCUGAAAUUCAGGAAAUUUGAAGAAAUUUAACUCUGGGGAUCAAUUUCAGCCCAUAAUUCAAGAUUUUCAGCUCUAAGGACUAUUUUUGACCUGAAAUUCAGGAUUUUUGGGUAAUUUUGACUCUGGGGGCCAAUUUCAGCCUGAAAUUCAGGAUUUUUAGCUCUAGAGACCAUUUUUGACCUGAAAUUCACAAUUUUCAGCUCUAGGGAUCAUUUUUGACCUGAAAUUCAUGAAAUUUGAAGAAAUUCAACUCUGGCGACCAUUUUUAGCCUGAAAUUCAAGAUUUUCAGCUCUAGGGACCAUUUUUGACCAAUUUUUCGGAAUCUAUCCAAAAAACUAUGGAAAUUAUCGGUUUUUGACCUAGAAUUCCUCAAAAUUCACCAUUUUUCAUCAAUUUUUUUUGCAGGAAGAAGUCGAUAAACUUCGCCAUGCCCUUGAUGAAUCUCGAUCUGAAAGAGAAAGACUUCGAGAAGAUGUUCAUCGAUUCCAAGAAGCAGUCGGAGAAAUCGACAAAGAACUCGAAAAACUACGAGAAUCCAAUCAUAAAUUGAUCCAAGAAAAUGUGGCAUUGAAUAGUACGGUAGCCACGUAUGACACAACUAUGAAAGAUAUUAUAACGAAUAGUGAAAAAGAUAUUGGAGAAUUUCGAGAGCAGUUUAGAAGUAUUCAGGAGGUGAGGGAGGGGAAAAUGACCCAAAAUUCAUAAAAAUUGGAAUUUUUCGACCCUGGGACCAUUUUUAUUGAAAAAAAUUGGAUUUUUCACUGAAUUUCAGCCUAGGAGCUGAUUUUUGACCUGAAAUUCAUUAAAAUUGGUGAAUUUUGACCCUGGGACCAUUUUUAUUGGGAAAAAUUGGAUUUUUCACGGUUUUUCUGCUUGGGAGCUGAUUUUUGAUUUGAAAUUCAUGAAAAUUGGAGAAUUCUGACCCUGGGACCAUUUUUAUUGGGAAAAGUUGGAUUUUUCACUGCAUUUCAGCCUGAGAGCUGAUUUUUAACCUGAAAUUCAUUAAAAUUGGGAUUUUUUGACCCUGGGAACAUUUUUACCUGGAAAAUUGUGAGAAUUACGAUUUUUAACAUACAAAUCAUUGACAAUGGGCUUUUUUGACCUAAAAUUAUCCUGAAAUCCAAUUUUGCACUGAAAAUCAAUGAAAAGCUCAGAUUUUUAAGCCUUGAAAAAUACGUUUCAAAAUUAUUUGAUUUGUUCAUGACAUCAAAACGUCAACAAAAAAUACUUAUCUAGAAAAAAGUGUGCGGCAAAAUUGCAAAAACUCGAAGCUCCGCCCAUUUUUGGUUAAAAAAAAUCCCAAAAUUCCCGCUCAAAAUUCAUAUUUUCAGUCGCAUCGAGCUGAAUGUGAUCGAGUUUUGGCUGAAAUUAAUUCGCUCCGCGAUGAAAAUGCUUCACUCAAACGACAAAAUGAAUAUAUGACUGAAGAAUCGGGAUUGUUAAGAGAAGUCAAUGAAAAAUUGAAAGCCAAAUCUGGAACUGAAGAUACGAAAGCUGAAUUAUUGGAGAAGAAAAUUGAGUGGGUUUUUUUGGAUUUUGAGCGAAAAAAGCUCGAAAAAUGAUGAAUUUUGAGCCCGGAUUCAUCAAAAUCUGAAAAUUUUGGGCCGCAAAAUUUUUUCCAGACUUCUCGAGCAUCUUCGAACCGAAUUAUCGAUUGAUUUGGACGAAAAACGCGCUGAAAUCGCAGAACUCAAACAAAAAUUGGCUGAAAACCCCGAAAAUGCUGAAAUUCCCGCUGAAAAAAAGGAAAUUUCGGGUGAAAAUGCUGAAAAUCCCCAAAAAUUGUUCAAAAAUGACACGGAAAUGCUGGAAGUGAGCCCGAAAAUUCCCCAAUUCUCAAUCUGAAAUUAAUUUCAGGCUCAACUUUCCGAAGCUCUCAAAGCGAACACGGAAAAAUCGGAAGAAUGUGAGGAAUUGCGAAGUUCGGCAAGGAAUUUGGAGCGAGAAAUUGAGGUACGCCAUGAAAUUUUGAUCUACCGUAUUUUUUUUGUCGCGCCAAAACCUACAGUACCCAUUUUGUUCCAGGUCCGUCAAAAUUGCAUCGAUGAAAUGAUUUCGCAAACCAACAGCCUACAACUCCAACAACAAAUGUUGACUCAAGAAAAUCAGGAAUUGACUAAUGAGGUGAGUUGGGAUUACGGUAUGCGCCUUUAAAAAUUUGAGAUUUUUGAGGGGAAAUUUGAGAUUUUUAGUGAAAAUUACUGUAGGUACCUUGAAAAAUGGUAGAAAAGUGCAUUUCUGAGCCAAAAAUCGAUGAAAUUGGUCAUUUUGAGACCGGAUUACUGUAUGUACCUUGAAAAAUCGAUGAAAAACUGCAUUUUUGAGCCAGAAAUCGAUGAAAUUGCUCAUUUUGAGGCAGGAUUACUGUAUGUACCUUUAGAAUUAUUGAUGUUUGACUCAAAAAGGGAAAAUUACUGUAUGUACCUUUAAUUUUUAUCAAAUUGCUCAUUUUUAGCCUAGAUUACUGUAUGUGCCUUUAAAUUAGUGAUUUUCAUCAGAAUUUGAUCAAAUUGCUCAUCUUAAGCCAGGAUUACUGUGUGUACCUUUAAAAUGAUGGAAAUUAUCGAUUUUCGGCUUAAAAAUCGAAAUUUUCUCAUUUUUCUCCCAGAUUACUGUAUGCACCUUUGAAAUUAUCGAAAAUCAUCGAUUUUUGAUUCAAAAAGUGAAAAUUACUGUAUGCACCUUUAAAAAAUCCUCCAAUUUUUGCAGCUUUUGGCAAAAGAUCGUGAAUAUCUGCGUUGUCAACAACAAUUGAUUCAUGAACAGGAAAAAACGGGAGAAUUGACGGAGAAUUUGGCGAAAAUGGAAAAAUGCAUUGUGGAUGGGAAAAAUGAGCAAGAAAAUUCAGAAAAUGAGGGAAAUGUGAGCUCUUUUACAACCAAAACUUCUCUGAAAUCUGAAAAUUUCAUCGAAAAUUCAAUUUUUAGCUAAUUUUCAGCACAAAAAUCUGAAAAAUUUUCAAAUUUUCAGCCAAAAAUCACCCAAAAUCUGAAAUUUCAGGUCGAAUCCAUGAAAUUGUACAUUGAAGAGCUGAAAAGAAAAUAUGAAGAUCAAACUCUGGAAUUAAUCGAUCUAAAAUCCCAAUUUCUUUCGAAAAAUGAAGAAUUAUCAAAAAAUGAGGAAAUUCUACGAAAAAAUCUGAAAGAAGCUGAAGAAAUUGAUCGAAAUUUGAUAGAAGGAAUUGAAAAAAGAGUUGUAGAAUUAGAAGAAGAAAUGAAGAAAAAAGAGAAAAAUGAAGAAGAUUUGAAGAAAUUAUUGAUGGAAAAACAUGAAGAAAGUAUGGGAUAUUAUAAAGAAUUGGAAAAAUAUAUGGAAAUUGCAAGGAAUUCGGAGGAAAAAUUGGAAAAGUGGGUGAUUUUGGGGGUGCAAAUGGUGAAAAAUGACCUAGAAAUUCAAUUUUGGAGUUCUAGGCCAUGAAAAAUGCUCUUUUGAUUGUUUUUUGACGGAUAUAUUCUUUUUGACUAGUGGGCCCUAUCCGGGUCCUCAAAAUUUCGAUUUCCGUGUUCCCAAAAAAAAAAAUUAAAUUGAAAUGAGUUUGCAAUAGAGCGCAUUUGCUGCACUUGGCAAGUCGCUAGUGUGCACGGUUGCGUCAUGUGGAGGUGUUUGCGGUUUUAGGAGAGAAUUUAUUUUUUGCGUUUUUUAAUGGGAAGAAUGUAGCAACUGGUCAUCGAUUGAAAAAUUCGUCCCAAAAAAUAUUUAAAAAUUUUGAAACGUAUUUUUUCGGGCAAGAGAAAAUAGGAGAUUCUCAGAAAAAUUUCAGAGUGUACUUCUCUCGGACAAAAAUUAAUAUUUACACGGCUUGCGAAGUUUUUACAUCAAAUUUCAACAGAGAAACAGUGAUUUUCAAGAAAAGUGAUUAAACCAUAUUUCAAAUGCCCAUAUGUUUUUCCUAAUUUCCCAAGCAGUUCAUAAAAUCUAAAAAUAUAAUUUUCUCAGGGUUUAUGCCCCACCAAAAAAUAUUUCAAUUUAA